CUCCUGGUGCAGUGCCGGCCCAGCGCUUGGACGAGACGAUUCGCGCCGCGCACGCAGCCGCGCCGCUUCGCACGCAGCACACGCAUCGAUCCGCGCUCCACACUCUCUCAGCCGAUUCCCGCAACCCUGCAGGGCCGGCUAGAGACGGAAGCCUGAAAAGCGGUCCUAGGUACAACACUCUUCCCUAGUUGCCGGCAUUUCAUCGUGAGAUGUGCGACACGGCGCCUGCCUCCUCCUCCUCCGCCCCCGGAGUCGAGGCCAGCCCCGCCAAGGCGGAGGAUGGGGGCGUCCAGCCGUCUCCACCCCCACCUGCUGCCGCCCCCAAAUCGGAGGCGGAGGCGCCCAAGCAGCCUGUGGACGACGACAAGCCACCUGACAACAAGGCAGCUGUUGCGGAGGCGAAGGAGGUGACAGUGAACGGGCCGACCAGCCCCCCGGGGGCGGGAGGCGACGCCCGCAAGCCGGCAGCCAACCCCCCGCCAGCAGGAGCCGCCUCUACGCCCACCAAGGCCGCCGCCGCCGCUGCACAGUCUCCAAAGACGCCGCCCCCAGACGCUGCGUCAGGAGAGGCGGCUGCGACGCCCGGCACGCCGACGGCCAACUUCCGGGCGCAGUUCCGCGCCUUCUCGCGCUUCGGCGACCCCAAGUCCGACGGCCGCGCGCUGACGCUCUCGCAGAGCGACAAGUGGCUGAAGCAGGCGCGCGUCGUCGACGGCAAGAAGGUCACCACCACCGACACCGGCAUCUACUUCAAGAAGUUCAAGUUACAAAAACUGGGUAUGGAAGACUACAAGAAAUUUCUAGAGGAUCUUGCCAAAAACAAGAAGCUCGAUAUUGAAGAAGUGAAAACAAAGCUGGCAUCUUGUGGUGCUCCAGGGCUAUCUUCAGCAGCAGGAGCAGCAAAGUCGGCUGCAACUGUAGAGCGGCUGACAGAUCCUUCACGCUAUACAGGAGCACAUAAGCAACGGUUUGAUGAGAGUGGAAAAGGGAAAGGAAUAGCAGGGCGUAAGGACAUCCCUGAUGCUUCAGGCUAUGUACAGGGUUACCAGAACAGAGAUACAUAUGACAAAACACAUUAGUGACAAUCCAUAUGUAGCCGUUUAAUGCUGGCAAAUGUGAUUCCAUAUAAAUUGUGCUACAGAAGGCAUUUCUUUCAAUGCAAAAUACGCAAUGAAAAUGUAUUUUUUGGAUGUUAUUUCAUAUUAUAUUCUGGUUCACUGUUUAUGAUGACAUAAACCAAAAAAGAAAUAAGUGUGUGAAUGAUGAAAAAUGUUCAGAUAUAAUAAAGAACAUGUAAUUAACACUGAACCAAAUCUGUCUUCAGGCAUCAGGAAUUCAUUCUAAACAAAACUAGUUUCAAGAAGAACUCUUACACAGUAUCCAGUCAUGUAAUUUAUAAUGAAACAGUUAAAGUUGUUCAAAAGAAAUUUUAUUUAAUUCUGUCAUUAAACAUCAUGAAAGAAAAGGUGAAGCUAUAUGAAAAUGUAGAGCUUUUGUCAAUGACCAAGCAAAUGUUAAGGAACAAGUAUGGGAGUUAAGCAUGCAAAGACAUCGUUUUACAUGGUUUCAAGCCAAAAAAAUCCUAAUUGCAAACUUCAAUCUGUCACAAAAGUACAAUUCUCAGAAUCUAGUUAUGCUAUUCAUAUAAUUCAUAUGCAACUUUGUAAAGAAGAAAUGGGUGAAUAUUUUGAUAUAUUCAGCAUCAGUGCACUAGCAUUUAAUCACUUGGCAAGUAGUAUCAUUGAAAUAGUAUUUACUGAGAAUCAUUUGAGAAUUCAGAUUUCUGUUGAUUGUGUACUUUAUCUCUGGAAAACCUAGAUGUUCUUGUUAUCCAGUUUUGUUAUGACAAAAAAGCAAAUCUGCUGCUUUGGCAAUAAUCUGUGUACUUAAAAUCUAUAGCAAAUAAAGUAUUUUCUAAUUUGACAUAUUAAAGCCAAAAAGUGCAUUUUAUAAAAAUAUUCAUUUCUAAAUUUAUUUUUCCAGCAUUACAAUGUUGAUUACUUUUGAUAACACUCUAUUAAUGAGACCUAAAUACAUAUAUAUAUGUUUUGUAUCUUUGGUUAAAGUCUUAGUGUAUUGUUAAAUGUUUUGGGUGUUUUAGUUCCAUGUAAAUUCUAUAGAAUUUGUAGUAUAUAAUGAUUCGUGAAAGAUAAGUGAAUAUAACAGUAUCUGUGAAGGACUGUAUAAUUUAUGUUUGUUUCUCAUUUUCAUAAAUAUAUCAUCAACAAGAGAUAUUA